UGCCGAGCCGUGCCGUGCCGGGGCUGCGCUAGGGGCAGCCCGGUGCGGUGCCCGGUGCGGAGGGCAUGCCCCAGGGCCAUGCCGCGCAGGGCCGAGCGGUGCCUGCAGAUCGCCCCGCACUCCCUGGCCAUCGUCCUGGGCGCCGGGGGGCGACCGGGGGGAGGCGGAGAGGGGCCAGGACCGGCUCCGGGACCGGGACCGGGACCGGGACCGGGACCGGCUCCGGGUGCGGGGGGAGCAUCGUCGGAGCUGGGUCGCCACCGCAUCGGCUACGAGAUCUUCGCGGACUUCAAGCGGGAGAACAUGCAGCACUUCUGGGACCGGCGGGCCACGGCGGCGGUGGCCGAGACCUUCUUCCUGGGCUGGAUCGACGAGCAGGUGCUGCUGGUGCAGGGCAAGGAGGAGCACCUCGAGGUGCUGCGCCAGGGCUGGGCGCGGCGAUCCCUCAAGCCCCCCAGCGGCUUCCACAUCAAGUGCCUGGCUGGGAUAACAACAAGAUCCAUCUUUGGAGAGGAAGGAAAAAAAGGAUUUGGCAUUAGCACCAUGAUCUGACAAAUCUCCUGAAAUCUGCCAGUUGGGAAGGAAGAUUCCCUGAGCUACUUUACACUGUCUGGGAGAUGGGAAGGUUACCAAACAUCUCCCCCAUCACGAAACAGAUCACAAGCAAGUCGCUGAGCACUUGCUUAAGGAGUUUCUCUUAACUUCUGUCAGAAACUAAGAAAUGUUUGGCAUAAUUAUUUCCUGAUCCCUGGGACAGCUGGGGUGAAAAGCACUUGAAGUUUUUAUGUAUGGAAACCUGGUGGCUCCCUACAAGAGCUUCUGAGAUGAGCACCAUCGCUAAUAAGAUUUACCACACUUGGUUGGUGAAGGUAUUGAGUUCAGCUCAAUAGUGAUCAGUUUUAAUGAAGACUAAAGACUUCCCAGCUCUUCAUUUUGUGCAUAAUUCUUCCAAAUAGAAUUCUAGUGCUAAGAAAUUUAUCGCUUUCAUGUAAAUUAUCUCACUUAAGAUGUUUGCUUCUUUGGAAAAAAAGAGAGAUCUUUUUAGAUUUCCAGAAAUAUUAAGUGUAAGUGGUUCUCUAUGCAUCACAAAAAUUCAUUAUAAUAUGAAAAGCAUUUUGAAAGAAACCUUAUCCUAUGCCAGUGCUGUUCACAUGUUUUAAAAGAUGUAAGUACUCCUUUGUGGUGGGAGUGAGGAGU